CGACGACCAACCCUCUCCUGUCCUCCUCCUCCCUUUCCUCAUCCUCCGACUACAGUCUCAUCUCCUCCCGUUCUCUUCUGUACGACCCUCAUGUCUGAGAUUCGUCGCAAGCUCGUCAUUGUUGGCGAUGGUGCCUGCGGAAAGACCUGUCUUUUGAUCGUCUUUUCCAAGGGAACCUUCCCAGAGGUUUACGUGCCCACCGUUUUCGAGAACUACGUUGCCGAUGUCGAGGUCGAUGGCAAGCACGUCGAGCUUGCGUUGUGGGAUACUGCCGGCCAGGAAGACUACGAUCGCCUCCGACCUCUCAGCUACCCCGACUCCCACGUCAUCCUCAUCUGCUUCGCCGUAGACUCGCCUGACUCGCUCGACAACGUACAGGAGAAGUGGAUUUCCGAAGUCAUGCACUUCUGCGCUGGUCUCCCCAUCAUCCUUGUUGGCUGCAAGAAGGAUCUCAGGCGCGACCCCCGUGUGAUUGAGGAGCUCCGGAAGACUAACCAGAGGCCAGUCACUCCUGAGGAGGGUAUGGCUGUCGCACAGAAGAUCGGUGCGCGGCACUAUCUCGAAUGCUCAGCUAAGACCGGCGAGGGUGUGCGCGAAGUCUUCCAGUAUGCGACGCGCGCCGCCCUUCUUAGUCGGCCCAAGGGCUCGAAGAAGGGACACUGCAUCGUUCUCUGAGCGUUCCGCGCGCCACCGGCCAGGAAGGGGAUCAAGCAUGAGUGUACUUUGUCUUACUACCCUGGAUCUCAGUGGAGGUGGAAGGGAGGAGGUCAGAACUGAUGCUGUCGUGAUUCCCUCGUCUUACGAACAUCCAGCAUGUUUUGCAGUCAGGAAGAGGCUGGAUCGUCGUCGUGGCUAGGAUAUGUCGGGGCUCGUUGCUCGCAGCGGGGAGGUUGCACUGCUGGAUGUGUCUUCUGACGUCCGCGCUGUUCCUUCGCUGUAUGCUACUGCACCUUCAUGGAUCCCGUGGUCGUUUCAGUCCUCCUUCCCUUUCCGUGCCGGUCGGUCUGCGUUCUGCCUGUCCCUCUAUAUGUCUCGGUCGUCACACAUACACACCUGCACUCACGGUAGCUGUCCGUAAUACCCCCCACCAAUCAUCCCAACCCCCGUCUUGCGUACGUUCACGACUAGUAACUAUCUGCCUUCUGCAAUGACUGUCCUCUUCUCUCAUAUCCUCGAUCAUAUAUCUCUCGAUGUUCUCCAGUCUGUCGUGUCUGCGUGUUUCUCUCGUCUUGUACAUUCAUCUCGUGAUCUACGGCUGUGGUUUUGAGUUCC